AUGCUCACCUUUCUUGACGAGAACGCUCGCGCAAUCCUGCCGGCGGAGCACCCUAUCCCGACCAUACACGAUCCCGCCCUCGCUCGCGCAGCUCGCGCUCGGUCGACGAGGGUCAGCGGCGCGCACCCUCACCUCGACGACAACGCCCGCUUCGAGGCGCUCGAGAGCCUGGGCGACUGCUGCGUGACUGCCGCUGUCGGGCGAGCCAUCUACGCCCACCUGUCCAGCGAGGGUCGCGUUCCUCGGCCGGUCAUCUUCAAUGCCUACCGGGACCUCCUCGCGAGCAACGUCACGCUCGCCCAGCUCGCCCUCAUCUACAACCUCGGUCCUUCUCUCGACCCCCCCCUCCACGCCAAGUUCGCCGAGCGCGAGACGCUCCCCAAGGCGGCGAUCAAGAUCCUCGGCGACGCGUUCGAGGCGCAUGCAGGCGCACUGAGCAUCGAGGAGCGGCACGUCGAGGCGGGGGACUGGCUGUGCGCCGUCUUUCGACGGGCGUGCGCGUGGGCCGUCGAGGCGGUCGAGCAGUGCACGAGGGCGAGGAGGGCCAAGGACUUUGCCUCGACUGAGCCUCUCGUCGCCUUCUCCGUCGCCGUCCAACCCUCGACCUCGUCUCCUUCCCCUCCCACUCCCAAGUGCGGCUGCAGCAAGCGCGCCCUCAGCAUCUUCGUCCGCGAGCGCGGCCUCCGCUACGACACCGAGACGCAGCCCUCCUUCCACACCCGUCUCGUGUUCAACAACGGCGACGUCUUCGCGGCGACCGAGACGACCAAGCAGCUCGCCGAGCAAGAGGCGGCUCGCCGCGCACUGAGUGUGUAUGCUCCCGAGCGGCUUCGCCCCGUAAAUCAUGCCUGCUGCGACCGCAAGUGA